AUGCCCGCCGGAUGCGCCGUUAAUUUCCUUAGAUCGUCCAAUCAAAAUCGCCAGCGCUCCGGCAGCGUGCGGCAGCGCGUGUGGAACAAGGUCCAACGCGCCACGUCGCUUUCCGCCAUGGAUUUCCAGACGUUCGUGCGCUCGCUCGCGCAGGACCCGAAACCCGCGCAUUCGUUCAAGCCGUCCGGCGGCGGCGAAGGCGGAGAGGCUCGCGGAGGCGCGCAGCAGGUGCGCGGCGGAGAGGCUGCCGGCGCAGCAGCGCAGACGGCGCAGGAUUCUUUCUGUACUGGACUGGAAGUCCCCGCGGAUAGAGAUUUCUCCGCAGCAGCCAGCCCCGCAGCUUCCGCCGAUGCCUCCCACGCGGGGCUCUCGCGCGGGAGCGCCGGUAGCCGUUCCGCUGGCGUCGGAUCACACUGGGGCUUGGCGCGUUCCGCGUCAGACGCGCUGCAUCAGAUGUUCGGGGGCUCCGUGGGUGGCGCCGGGGGAAGCGGUGCGGGUGGCGCGGGGGGAAGCUCCGCGGACGACGGGAGGGAACCGGGGGAAGCCAGUGGCGGAAGCCAGCGGGGAGCAGCGGGGACGAACCGCGGGGCUGGCGGAAGGGGAAGCGGCGGUUCCGCUGGGAGAAGCGCAAGUUCUGGGGGGAGUGUUUUCCUACCGUUGAACCAGACUCCUAACCAAACUCCAAACCGAAAUCCCCCCCAGGGACCGUCAUAUUCACGGCAGCGGAGCUUCUCCGCCAGUGGCGCAAGCUUUUCCGCCAUCCCUUCCGCCAGCCCUUCCGCCAGCCCGUACGCUAGCCCUUACGCUGGUCCUGCUGCUGCCGCGGCCGUCCCUACCUCCUCCCCCUCCCCCUACUGUGGAGGGCUGGAGGCCUCAGGCGGAGGGCUGGGCCCUUCAGGCGGAAAGGCCGCAAGUUCUGCGGGGCCGAAGGCAGGGCUUCCGUUGCCGUUAUCGAAGUCCGCUAUAGCGAGGUUUAGGCUUCCGCGGAUGGCGUCAGAGAGCGGGCGGAGGCACAGGGCGUGGCAGGCGGACCUAGAGGAGGACGAUGGGGAGCCGCUGGAGGGGGAGGUGGUAUCUGAUCCGAUGGGAUCUAAUGCGGCGGAAUCUGGGGCAGGUGUAUCCGGGACUGAUGGAUUGAAUUACGGUAGGGGGAAUUCUGGUGGAGGAAGUUUUGAUGUGGGGAGUUACGGUGCAGGGGCUUGUUACGGUGCAGGGCAGAGGGGCGGGGGAGGGAGGUCAGGGUCGGAAGGAGGCGCGGAUGGUUUCAAGAAUCAGUCAACGCGGUCAAUGCAGUCAAUGCGGUUGUGGCAAGGGCGAGAAAAGGAGAGCUCAGAAGCUGGUGUUAGUGUGGGUCGUACUGGUGCUAGUGCUGGCUCUGCGGGUCAUGGGUUUGAUGCUGUUCAUGGUAUUUUCAGUGCUGCUGGCGAGGCUGGUGGGGUUGAUGGGCCUGGUGGGGAUGGCGGGGCUGCUGGGGGUGGUGGGAAUGGCGAAGGGAAUAGGGGGGAGAGGCAGGGGUAUGGCACUUACAGGGGCUCGCCAGCAGCAGCAAGGGGAGGAGCAGCAGCAGGAGGGGGGCGAGCGGGCGGCAGGGCGGACGGCAGGGCGGGCAGCAGGGCGGGUGGCAGGGCCGGUAGAGCAUUUAUUAUGCGGUCGGCAUCGCUCGGCAACGCUGGGGCUUUUAUGGGGCAGCUGGAGGGGGGUGACGUUUACGCUGACGUGGAUAGAGAUGUAGAUGACUCAGGUGGGGGCUUACCCGGGGGUGUGGAGGCUGGGCAAGGUCAGGAGUGGAAUACGGGCGGCACGGGGAGUGUGGCAAUGGGCGAUGGGGUUACCACAGGGGUUACCACAGGUGCUAUAGGGCCCAGGGCUGCUGGUUCUUCUGUGUCAGCAGCCGGGGUAAGUAGUGACCGGCUGGGCAGCCGGGGCAGAGGUAGGGGUAGGGGUGGUGGUAGGGGUAGUGGUGGUGGUGGUGGUAGGGGUAGCGGUGGUGGUGGUGCUGGUCGAGUCUCAGGCUCUCCGUCUGCUACUCUCUCUCUCCGGAACUAUGAGAAGUUCCGACCCUCAUCAGCAGCAGCACCUUCAUCAGCAGCAGCAGCAGCAAGAGCAGCAGGAGGAGGAGCAGGAUCAGUGCAACUCGUAUCAGGAUCAGGGGAAGAGGAUUGGGAGAAGGAGAAGGAGGAGGAGGAGGAGGAUGAGGGACUGGCUCCUGUAGCUGCAACUGGCAACGCCCCAGGUGCCUCUAGACGAGCUGGUUACAGCACUGGCAGUGGUCGUGGUGCUAGUGGCUCUUCUGCUGGUGCUGCAGGUGGUGUUGCUCCUGGCAGUGGCCGUGGCCGGGAUAACCCUAACUCUACCCAGGGUAACCGCCGCCUGCUGCGGCAGCACACCGACGACCCAACGCAGCUGAAUCGCGUCCAGACGCCUGACGCUCUUUCAUCCUUUCCUGCCGUUCCCUCCCGCCUUGGUCCUGGAAGUCUCCAGCGUACGUCGUCCUCGGCUUACCAGCGGCCGUCCUCCGCUGCCCAGCAACCUUCAGCUGCCGCCCAGCGGACUUCUGCUGCCACCCAGGGGUCUUCUGCCGCCCAGCGGCCUUCUUCUGCCGCCCAGCGGCCUUCUUCUGCCGCCCAGCGGCCUUCUUCUGCUUCCCAGCGACCCUCCUCUGCUGCCCAGCGACCCUCUCUGUCCUCUUCUGGGCAGCAGCAGCAAUUUAGAGUCCAAGGGCAGUUGCAGCAUCAGGGGGAAAUGCAGGGGCAGGCACAGGGGCAGAUGGUUGGGCAGAUGCAUUAUCAAGGGCAGAUGCAGCAUCAAGGGCAGAUGCAGCAUCAAGGGCAGAUGCAGCUGCAAGGGCAGGGACUUGGGCAGGCAAAGGAGCAGAUGCAACAGCAUGGGCAGAUCUUCAACCAGUCCAGCCCCAAAAGCGGGGCUUUAAGCCCUCACAACCAGACUGCAAUCCGCUCUCCCUCUGCCAGAAGCCCUUAUGCCGGCCUGCCCCCUCCUCCUACCCCUCCCUUGCGAUCUCCGUCCGCUCGUUCUCCUCUUUCUCCUCUUUCAUCCCCCCUUUCUCGGGAGCAGUUCAGCUCACAUCGCCCUGUCCCAGCAUUGGUGCAGCAUGCACCUGCUAGCCCCUCCCAGGGCGUGUAUGGGCCGUUUGAAAUGCAGGAAAUGCCUGCUCAAGCUCCCAUUCACCCUCCUCACUCUCAGCACACGCUCACUCACUCCCCCCAUUCGCCCCUUCAUUCUCCUCGUGCUCCCAUGCACCCCCCCCAUGCGCCCAUGCACUCCCCCCGUUCUCCAAUGCACUCCCCACGUGUUGCCCCACACUCCCCCCAUGCGCCCAUGCACUCCCCCCAUGCGCCCAUGCACCCCCCCCAUGCGCCCAUGCACUCCCCCCAUGCGUCCUUGCACUCCCCCCACGCGCCCAUGGAGUCCCCCCAUUCGCCCAUGCACUCCCCACGUUCUGCCCCACUCUCCCCCCAUGCGCCCAUGCAACCCCCCCAUGCUACCCCACACUCCCCCCAUGCGCCCAUGCACUCCCCCCAUGCGCCCAUGCACUCCCCUCAUGCUGCCCCACUCUCCCCCCACCCUCCUAUGCACUCCCCCCAUGGCCUCACCCAUACUCCCCAUUCCCCCCUACAGUCCCCCACACAAGUACUGCACUCCCCCCAUUCCCCCCUUCACUCCCCCCAUGCACACUCCCCAUCCCAUCCCUCAUUCCCCCCACACUCCCCCUUGCGCUCUCCCCAUACAGCCCCUCCAUAUAACCAGCAACCGCCUCUCUCCCCCACAUUCUUUUCCCCCAAUUCCUUCAACCCGGAGGCUCGGGAAGUCCCUGAGGCUGGCCAACCGGUUUGGAAGCUUGUCAAGAGUGUGCUGGUUGCAGCAGUUGCUGCACGUGGCGUGGUGGAGCCAGGCUUGCUGCAGCCAGACUUGGGGGUGUAUGAGGCGCGCAAGGAGGUGGGAGGAGGGGAGGGCACCAUCAUCUCUCUCUUCCCCAACGGGCUCAGGGCGCUCAGCCGAAUCGACCCUGCCAUUGUGCCCCAGGCAUACCCGGCCAGCUUCCUCCUCUCGCCUUCAGGAGACAUGAUUGCCCCAAGGGGCUACAGUGCCACCAUGCCCUCCAGCAACAGCUUCCUUCUCUUCAUCUCCUGCCUUGCCCUUCCCUCCCCUCCCUAUCCUCUCCAGCUGAUUCCCCUGGGUGUGACGGAUCCUGCGAGUUUUCUCCUCUCCCCCGCGGGCGAAGUCAUCGCCCCGUGGGGCUACAGUGCCACCAUGACUGCUCGCUUUGGCCUGCCCAUGCUCUCCAUCCGCUGGCGGGACGUGCUCGACGUGCUGCGUGGAAUGCUGCCGAACGACGCCGUCCACACCGGCCACCGGCUCGUGAAGGUCACGCAGAUGGAGGAGGCUGGAAGGAACGGAGAGGAGUCUGGUGCGGUGGAGAGCGUGGCAGAGGGAAAAGGCACGGUGGAGUGCUUUUUCUCCACUGUAUCUUGCGGCAACGAGCAUCUCGUGCGCGUGGAGACCCCGCUGCUGCUGGGGGCAGAUGGCAUUCACUCGGAGGCACGGAAGCAGCUGCUGGUGGGGACAGCAGGCGAGGGAGUGAGUCCGCGGGACAACGGUAGAACCAUCUGGAGGGCCAUCAUCGACAGCAGCCUCUGCCCCCAUCCACUCCUCAAUCCGCAACACAUCCUAGCCAUGGUGGGCCCCGGCCGCACAGCCACCAUAUCAGACGCUGCAGCAGGCAGGCUCUACUGGGCGUUCACGCUCGUCGAUUCCGCCGAUCCAACGGUCAGCAGCGCACGGUCCAGCGGGGGGGAGGAGGCGCGGGGGAAGAUUCUGCAGGCGUUUGAGGGGUGGGAUGUGGUGACUCAGCUCGCGCUCGCCACUCCCCCCGACCUCAUUCUUGAACGCCGCGUGCUCGACCUCCCGCCCCUGCCCUUCUGGGUCAAAGGCAGGACGGCUCUCCUCGGAGAUGCGGCGCAUGCAGUGACGCCAGCACUGGGGCAGGGCGCCAAUCUGGCGUUUGAGGAUGCGGCUCAGCUGGUGGAGUGCCUCCUUGCGAACACCCAUGUCAGAGACCCCUUGGCAUUCCCACCAGUCUCUGGGACGCCUUGCAUUCCUUCCAGUCCAUCCGCGUGCCGUGUGUGCAAGCCGUGGUAUCACAACCCCCCCUCCACAUGCGUCCAACCCCCUCCCUCUAUCCCCCUCUGCCCUCUCUGCAGCGAUGCCUUGCAUUCCUUCCAAUCCAUCCGCAUGCCACGUGUCCAAGCUGUGGUCUCACAGAACGUCGCGUCGUCCAAGAAAAUCUAUGAAGAUAAAGAAGAAGAGGGCACAGAGAGGGAUAGCAGCGAGAGAACCGAAGCAGCAGCAGGUGCAACGACAGCAGGCAAGGGAGGGGGAGAAGAGUCUGAGUUCUAUGAGUACCUGUACUCUUAUGACACACUUUCCCUUGAGCAGUCUUAA